UUUUACAAAAAUCUACACGCGGUCACGCUUUAUGUAUGCGUCUGAAACACGUUUAAUAUCAAGGGGGCGGUUAUUCGGAGAUUCUGGCCGGAAGUUUAGACGUCGUGCCGAUGUUUUUCCGGCGGUGGAGCAGCCAGUGGGUCUUCGAGCAGGAAAAAGCGCCAACUUCUGCCGCACCGUCUGAAUCGUCAUAUACUCUGUAAAUGGCUCUCAGAGUGGAUAUUCUGUGAAAUAAAUUAAACUUCGACUUGGAAUGACUCUCUCAGCGAGGUGCGCUGUUGCAUCUCAGUAGAAAAAGUCGCCCUCCGGGUAACAGAAAAAGAUGCCAGGCCUGCAGGGUGAAAAUGUUGUGGCGGCGCUUGGUAGCCCCAUCAAGAAGAGUAAACUCUCUCUGAAGUUCCUCCAGAAGAAGGAGACAAAAAGGGCUUUGGAUUUCUCUGAACCACAGGCGGAUGAACCCAAAACUGUUGAACCAGUGGAGCCUGAGGCAAGCGGCUGUGAUCAGGAGGUCCCUGGUCCUUCUCCAUGUCCAGCCUCACCUGGCCUCCUCCUGUCAUGUGAGAAGAGAGAGAGCUUGGUGCCAUUUGUGGGCCUCAACAACUUGGGCAACACCUGCUACUUGAACAGUGUCUUACAGGUGCUGUACUACUGCCCAGGACUCAGAGAAGGCAUAAAGAAACUGUACAACUUCUCUAAAAGAAAAGACAAACCAAAGGAUGAAGCUGAUAAAAGCGAAGAGCAGUCAGAAGUUGUAUCUGAGGAUGCACCGCCUCAAAUCGAGCUCCUUGGGAGCUUCAACAGUUUGAUAACAUCAGUGGAGCAGCUGCAGUCUGACUUCCUGCUGAGCCCCGACAGCUUCAGUGAAGGAGAACUCGCCACACCGCCUCGUAAAUUACUCCACACACUCAGGCAGCUGAACCCCAUGUAUGAAGGUUAUCUUCAGCAUGAUGCGCAGGAGGUGCUGCAGUGCAUCCUGGGAUAUAUCCAAGAGGCUUGUGACACCAUCAAGAAGGAGCAGAAGUUGAAGAGUGAGGACAACCAUGUCAUGGAAGUUAAAAUGGAAAAUGGAGUCCAUGUGGGUUCCAGCAGCUCUAUAGCAGAAUCCAAAACUCCCAACGAGGAGGACGGCCAAGUGGGUGGCAAGAGGAAGAGCGACACUGAAGUGGGAAAUGCCAAAAAGAAGCCAAAAUCUGUGAAGUCCAAGAAAUCUAAUGCAGAGGAAGAAACGAGAAAUAAACCCCUGACUCGCUCCAAACGGAGGUCCUCCAGUGAAAUCACAGUAGAUGACACCCAAAAUAAAGAGGAGGAGGCAGAGGAUGAAGGGAUGAUGAAACAACACAAGGAGGAUGAUGGAGAGAGUGACUGUGAGGGGAAAGGUGAGAAGGCAUCUAAAGCAGAUGGGAAAAGAAAGAAGAAGGCUAAACUGAGCUGGCUGAGGCCUUCUGGGAAACAACCAAGCAUUUUCUCCAAGUUCCGCAGCGUGGGGAAGAUCAGCUGUAUGACUGUGAAGAACCAAAACAAACCGGAGCAGGAGAACGAGCUGACUGAUGGUCAGAAUGAGAAGACCAAUGAGGAGAGAGCACCACAAAACACGACUGACAACAAGAAGGCAAUGAAACCUCAAGAUUCACUGGGCCUAGACCUGAUGGAGCGCUUGUUCCAGGGCCAACUGGUUCUGAGGACUCGCUGCCUGGAGUGUGAGAGCUUCACAGAGAGGAGAGAAGACUUCCAGGACAUCAGUGUCCCGGUGCUCGAUGACCAACCCAGCAGCCCAGACGACCUCUCUGAGGUCUCUCCGGAUCCUAAACCAGAGCUGAAGACGCUGACAUGGGCCAUCGGCCAGUUUGCUUCAGUGGAGCGCAUCGUCGGGGAGGACAAAUAUUUCUGUGAGACCUGUCAUCAUUACACAGAGGCUGAGAGAAGCCUGCUGUUUGACAAAACUCCUGAAGUGAUCACCAUCCACCUGAAGCGCUUCUCUGCCAACAGUUUAGAAUUGGACCCAUAUGCAGGCCUGUCUAAAGUGAACACCCCUCUGCAGACACCUUUGACCUUGUCUCUGGAGGAGUGGUGCACCCAGCCCUCGUCUGUGAAGGGUCAACACUAUCAGCUGUUCGCCGUGGUCAUGCACAGCGGCGUCACCAUCAGCAGUGGCCACUACACCGCCUACGUCCGCAUGUCAGAUCUGAAAGAAACAAAGCUCUGGCUGCGGGACAGAAAAGAAACAGAGGAGGAGGAGCAGCAAGAGGAGAAGGAAAGUAAAGAGGGCACACGGGUGAAAGACGAAGCACUGGACUAUGAUGACGGAGAGGUAUCGUUCAGCUUGAAUGCAAGGAGAGGUGCAAGUUUGAUUAGUAGCAAAACAGGAGGUAAGAAGCUGUCAGAGGGUGGGGUCGGACUCUUGGGGGGCCAGAGGAGUUUGUCUAGUUAUGACCUUGGCAACAGCAGCGGCACACAUGCAGAGAAAACAGCCAACAAUGGAUCAACAGAGGGAUCCAAACGGAGAAAGACCGUCAGCAGCCUGGGCCACAAUAAUGAAGCGGGACUUAAAAAGGAGCCUGGAGUAGGAGAGGAGGCGUUGAUGACUCCCUGUGGGGAGGUGGAGGCCACAGAGCAGCAGGCUUUGAACAGCCUCCUUGAAUAUGAGGGCAAAUGGCUGUUGUUUGAUGACUCAGAGGUGCGUUUGUUUGAGGAAGAGGAUUUCCUGCGAGCCUGCUCUCCUGAGACGUGCUCCUCAUCGACACCUUACCUGCUGUUCUACAGGAGGAUGCCUGAACCUGGACACUAACAUGAACACGAGGGCCGCUGUUGACUCAGGGUUGUGCUGGUUAGGCGUUUGGCAGCUGAGUGCUCAGAGAGGGGAAAGUUUUGUUUUGCAAGAUGGCAAGCAGUGCCAAAAAUACUGUGGCUGCCAUGAGUUGAACUGAGGAUCGUUUUUAGUCCAGAAACUUGUACUACAACAGUCUCGUCACACUGAGGGACCAAAACUGUUUGAACCGUCUCAUGGACUCCUAUGCCGGGGCAGACAGUAGAUAAUAGGGAUUUGUCUACGUGGCAGGGAUGACAUAAGCCUUUAUGUGGUUUAUUUUAAUGUGACUGUCACCUCUGUAAACUGUGUACAGUGGCCUGUCUUUUUUUUUUUUUUUUGACGCUGGCUUUGAUACUUUUUCUGUCAUUGUCUGUAACAUGUCCUGUUUUUGAUGUUUUCUGUUUUGAUUUUUUUUUUUUGUUCCUUUUUAUAAAUUGGAAAAGCACUUUUGAACUAAAAUGAGAGAAAAUGCAAAAUGUCUUUCCUACUAGCUGAUUAUUUUUCUAUAAUCCAAUGUCCAUUUAAAGGAUAGUGUUGGUGCUCUGUGUAUUUGGAUUAGAUUCAUCAUCCAAAAGCCAACAUUAGAGCCAAAUAAAGAAGAAAAAAAACAAAUCCUUCCCUGCAGUAUGUAGAAUAUGCUUAUGAGGUUAGAGAAUAUGCUGCAUUUUUCUUUCUGCCGUAUUCUCUGUAGUUUUGAAGAAAAGCAUCUGCCCACCUCCCAUAUCUUCUCCGAUCUUUGCACUGGUUCCCUCUUCUCAUACAUACAAAUAUUUUCUGUGGUUUUGUGAUUCUGAAGUCUGAAAUUGAUGCAGUUGAUGCUGGAAACCCAUCCACCAUCCCACUGGACUGUUUUUUGUUGUUGUUUUUGUUUUGUUUUUUUUUAAACAUAAAACAGACUAAAAUGUUCAGCAUCUACAUGUAUACAUAUAAGCUGGUCCAUAUUUUUGGUUUUGUUAAGACUAGGUGUUAGACCAGAUAUCAGAAACAUUUACAAUUUAUAUUUCUUCAGUAAAGUAUCAGGUUUUUAUAAGAUGUUGCACUGUUCAUAAUAUGUUUUAAAGAUUUUAAUGUAAAAAUCUAAAUCUGUUUUUAAAGGGUUCGUUCCUUCAUUCAGUGAGGAGGAUUCAGGAGGAUUUAUAACAGAGCAAAUCCCUUCUCAGUGAAACCUACCUCUGCAUUUUCUGAAGAAUUGGUUCGAAAGUUUAAUAGUCACAAGUGCAGCCAAUCUCAGCCUUAUGAGCUGACUGCUUGUUCUUCAUAGCUACAUAAUUCAAGGGUUGGCAGUUUGUAAUUAUGUGUGAUCUGUAGCACAGAGCAUCGCAAAACGAAAUGCUUUGACUUCAAUUGUAUCAACAUCCUACUGUGCUUACUUUUUACAAAUGUCAGUCCAGGUAGGGUCAUUUUUCUGGACAACUGAAAUAAAUUUGAUCCCAUCAACUAUAUUUCAAGGUUAACACAAAAUCAAGGACCUGUUCUGUGCUUGUCAGUAUGUUCCCGUCAUCCCUCAGAUAAUUUCCUUCUGAUGAAAGUGCAUGUUCAGAGGUUUUUUUUAUCUUCACCUUUGCAGGUGAAAAAUAUGUUCAUCAGGUAUCAAGUGUUUGUAGUUGAAAUAAUUCAUUAAGAGUGACACUGUUCAUCUCAGCGUGCUUACGGUCCAAUCAUGGAUUCAGGGCUUCGAUUCAGUUAUUCAGCAGUGCUUCUGAGUUAUCCAGAAUGGGUCAUCUUCAGUUAUUUCACUAUAAAUCGUAUACACCAGGGCAAGGUUUCCAAAGUGCUCACAGAUCUGGUUUAAUCUAAGAACAGCCCAAAUAAGUGUGUUGUCUUCUUUAAACUGUACCUCAUUCCAGUUGAAAAUAUAUUAAUGUUGAGUUCAUACUUUAAGCAAUAAAGUUUGUACCUUUA